AUAAACAAACGGGUAAUGUAAAACCUAUUGAUGUGGUUGGUGUUAUAUAUUCCCAAUUUCUAUCAAAAUGUUCUGUGAUUUGAUUUAUUUAGAUUAGUUAACAAAUGUGUAUUUGUGAUAUUUCCCGUGAUAAUAUCCUUUGAAAAUGAGGUGAUUGAUUAUGCAUCAGCUAUGGCCUUUAAAAUGAUAUGUUGCCUGUAAUAAUUUGGAGCUAAGGAAAAACGAUGACAAAGAAGUUUGAGUUCGACUGGCGUAUUCCAAUUCCGGAACCUCUACUAACGGGAUGCGUGUUUGACCGCUGGACCGAGGAAAAAGACAAUUAUGAAUUGGAACAGAGGGCAUUAUUCAGAGUUGAUGAAUAUGGAUUCUUUAUUUAUUGGAAAAGCGAUGGAAGAGAAGGAGAUGUUAUCGAAUUAUGCCAAGUCAGCGACAUACGAGCAGGGGGCGUGCCUAAAGAUACAAAACUUUAUAAUAAUCUAGUAAAAAAACAUGGAUCUGAUGUGGAACAAAAAUCUCUGACAAUUUGUAGUGGCACAGAUUAUAUCAAUAUAAACUACCAACAUAUUGUUUGUCCCUCCCCAGAAGUCGCUAAGGACUGGUUGGAUGGUCUUAGAAAAAUUACUCAUAACGUAAAAGCUAACAACAUUUGCCCAAUGACUUGUUUGAAAAAGCAUUGGAUGCGUUUAGGAUUCCUAGUCGACGCUAAGGGAAAGAUUCCAGUAAAAGUAGUUGCAAGAACUUUUGCUUCUGGUAGAGCCGAAAAACUCGUAUACUCGUUUCUAGCUGAAUUAGGACUACCUAGUGAGAAAAAUGAUAGCAUUGAACCAGACCAAUUUUCUUUUGAUAAGUUUUACGCCUUGUACCAUAAGAUCUGCCCUAGAAACGACAUUGAGGAGCUGUUUAGAACUAUCACCCAAGGCAAAGGAGAUUAUAUGUCAGUGGACCAACUAGUAGAAUUUCUGAAUAAUAAACAAAGAGAUCCAAGAUUAAAUGAAAUAUUGUAUCCGCUUUAUGAUGACAAAAGGGCCACAGAAAUCAUUCAAGAUUAUGAAACUGAUGAAAAUUCACGAAAAGAAAACCGGCUCACUAAAGACGGCCUAAUUCGCUAUCUUAUGUCCGAUGAGAAUGCUCCAGUAUUUUUGGAUCGAUUGGAUAUUUACAUGGAAAUGGACCAACCUCUUUGUGCCUACUAUAUCAAUUCUAGUCAUAACACUUAUCUUUCAGGCAGGCAGUUUGGAGGAAAGUCCUCUGUUGAAAUGUAUAGACAGGUUUUGCUAGCAGGAUGUCGAUGUGUUGAAUUGGAUUGUUGGGAUGGCCGAGGGGAGGAUGAAGAACCUAUCAUCACCCAUGGGCGAGCUAUGUGUACAGAUAUUUUGUUUAAAGAUGUUAUUUACGCCAUAAGAGAUACAGCCUUCGUCACAUCAGAUUAUCCAGUCAUAUUAUCAUUCGAGAACCAUUGCUGCAAAAGUCAACAAUUGAAACUUGCCAAGUACUGCGAAGAGAUCUUUGGCGACUUAUUGCUUAAGGAACCAUUAGAAGAUUAUCCGUUGGAACCUGGUGCACCCCUUCCGCCACCAUCAGCUCUAAAAAGAAAGAUUCUAAUUAAAAACAAACGGUUAAAGCCAGAAGUUGAGAAACAAGAACUAGAACUGUUUCGUCAAGGUCAAUUUGUUAUUGAAGAUGAAGAAAAAGAAGAUGCGAAUGCAAGUUCGGACCGACCAAUUCCUCCUGACAUAUCUGCUGAGACACCUGCUACCGAAGCCCCACCUGGGGAAGGAGGCGAGGGCGUGACUUACGUUCGUUCCACGACAAAUGUUCAUCCUUUAUUGAGUUCAAUGAUUAAUUAUGCACAGCCUGUCAAGUUUCAGUCAUUUGAGAUAGCAGAACAGAAAAGAAUUCAUCACAACAUGUCAAGUUUCUCCGAACCAGUGGGUCUUGGUUUACUGAAAACACAAGCAAUUGAGUUUGUAAACUACAACAAGAGGCAGAUGUCCAGGAUUUAUCCUAGUGGUGCCAGGGCAAACUCUUCAAACUAUAUGCCUCAAGUAUUUUGGAAUGCCGGGUGCCAAAUGGUAUCACUAAAUUUCCAAACGUCCGAUUUGCCCAUGCAGCUAAACCAGGGCAAGUUUGAAUAUAAUGGAAAUUGUGGAUACCUUUUAAAACCCGAUUUUAUGAGAAGGACCGAUAGGACAUUCGAUCCUUUUGCUGAAAGUCCUGUAGAUGGUGUGAUCGCUGCACAGUGUUCCGUUGAAGUCAUUGCUGGUCAAUUUUUAUCAGAUAAAAAGAUUGGCACAUACGUUGAAGUGGAUAUGUAUGGACUGCCCACUGACACGAUUCGUAAAGAGUUUCGAACGAGAUUGGUUCCCGGAAACGGUUUAAAUCCUGUCUACAACGAAGAACCUUUUCUAUUUAGGAAAGUCGUAUUACCGGAUUUGGCGGUACUCCGAUUCGGUGUUUAUGAUGAAAACAACCGACUCCUUGGGCAAAGAAUAUUACCCUUGGAUGGAUUACAGGCUGGUUAUCGACAUAUAUCCCUAAGAACCGAAGCGAAUUUUCCGAUGUCCUUGCCUAUGUUGUUUUGUAAUAUAGAAUUAAAAAUUUAUGUUCCUGAUGGCUUCGAGGAUUUUAUGGCUGCACUAAGUGAUCCUCGAGCAUUUACUUCUGCAAAGGAGAAACAGAAUGAACAAAUGUCCUCAAUGGGCAUAGAGGUCACUGAUCAAAGAGCUGCUGACAAGCAAGUAAAAAAAGAAGAGAAAAAGCCAGAUCCAAUAAUUUUUGAGCCAAUAACUAUAGAAUCUAUAAAACAGGAUAAAGCUUUUCAAAAAACAACAAAAAAACAGCUAAAAGACUACGAUACCUUAAGAAAGAAACAACAGAAAGAAAAGGCAGCUGUACAAAAGAGCCAAUGUGGGGUCAUCGAUAAACUCGUUAAAGGAAAAGGCAAAGGUGAUUUAGCAAACGAUCCGGCCGUGCGAAAGCUGAUAACUGAACAGACGGUGGAGUGGAGCGCACUAAUAGAAAAACACAGAAAGCAAGAAUGGGAAUUUUUCAAAAGCCAACUGGAUGAUCAGCGGGAUUUGCUGAGGAAACAUAUGGAACUUUUGCAGAGUCAACAAGUACGUCAACUGGAGGCCAAACAUGAUAAAGAAAUGAAGGAGAUGAACAGUCAACAAGCGAAAAUUGCUGUGGAGACUGCAAAAGAGAUUAACAACGAUAAAGCCUUAAAGACCAAAAAAGAUAAAGAAAGAAGGUUAAAAGAAAAGCAACAAAACAACACGAAAAAGUUUAUGGAAGAACGCAAAACUGCGUUAAUUAAACAGUCGAGGGAAAAGGAGAAGUUGCAAAUAACACAUAACAAGCAGCUCGAGAUGCUGUCGCAUGAUAUACAGAGGAUGAUUGACAUGUACAGCAACGAAGAAAAGGAAUAUGAUAGGUCUAGUAAAACCGAAUUUUUUGUUUAAAACGUUUAUCAAAUCUAUUUAUUUACAAAAUUUAAACGUACCAAUAUAGUUUAUAUUGCUAAUAUAGUUUAUAGAAUCGUUGUUUAAAAAAAAUAAAUGUGCAAUAAAAUAUAAAAUUUGUUUUCUCCAA